CUCGGCGGGCGGUGCCCGGACGCAGGUGCCCGCCGGAGCCGGAGCAAGCCGCUGCUGACGGGCCGGGCCGGGCCGGGACCCGGGCCAGGGAGAACCGAGGGGCCUGCGCGGCCGCCCGGCCCGGCCGCGGAACAGGCUCCUGGGACCAUGGGCCUCAGGCCCUGAGGACAGGAGGCUCCCCGUGGCCAUGACGACAGGUGACUGUUGCCACCUCCCUGGGUCCCUGUGUGACUGUUCUAGCAGCCCUGCCUUUUCCAAGGUUGUAGAGGCCACAGGGCUUGGGCCACCUCAAUAUGUAGCACAAGUGACUUCAAGGGAUGGCCGGCUGCUCUCAACUGUCAUCCGGGCUUUGGAUACACCGAGUGACUGUCCCUUUUGCCGGAUCUGCCAUGAGGGAGCAAAUGGAGAGAACUUGCUGUCCCCAUGUGGCUGCACAGGCACACUGGGAGCUGUGCACAAGAGUUGCCUGGAGAAAUGGCUGUCUUCCUCCAACACCAGCUACUGUGAGCUGUGCCACACUGAGUUUGCAGUGGAAAAGCAGCCCCGACCUCUCACAGAGUGGCUAAAGGACCCAGGGCCUCGCACUGAGAAGCGGACACUGUGCUGUGACAUGGUGUGCUUCGUGUUCAUCACACCACUGGCCGCCAUCUCAGGCUGGCUGUGCCUGCGAGGGGCCCAGGACCAUCUCCGUCUGCAUAGCCGGCUGGAGGCUGUAGGGCUCAUCGCCCUCACCAUUGCCCUCUUUACCAUCUAUGUGCUCUGGACACUGGUCUCUUUCCGAUACCAUUGCCAGCUGUACUCGGAAUGGAGGAAGACCAAUCAGAAGGUCCGCUUGAAGAUUCGGGAAGCAGAUGGCUCCGAGGAUCCCCACCACUCCUUGCUGGCUACUGGACUCUUAAAAAAGGUGGCAGAGGAGACUCCCGUCUGAAGGCCUGGCUGGCAGGGCUCUGAGGUAGUGGACAGACGAGAGUCAGAUGGCAAUGCAGCUGGCAUUUGGAAAAAUGGAAGCUGCCUGAUUUUUCAUGCACAGCUAUGAUGCUUCUCAGGCCAAUAGCCACAGCAAGCAGAGCCCGCUCUGUGAUCCUGUGUGAACAUAUUUUCAAGGGUUUUGUUUUGCACAUUAUUGUAUAUGCCAAGCACAGAUGGACAGAUUGAGCUGUGAUGGAGUAGGCACCCCUAUCUCAUUCUGAGAUCCUUUUGCACAGCAGGCGGCUUCAGCUGCUGGUGUCAAGGGCGUCCACUGGACUAGAGGGUUCCAGCAAGCUUCUUGCAUUACUCUGCACCUAGCCGGCUUGCUUUGCUGGCACUCUUGACUUAUAAACUUAUAAAGUUGCACUGCAUUUCAAAAACCACCCGAAUGAAUAAAAGGAGCCAUGCUGGCUAA